GGUCUCCUUUACAAAUGUGCCCUGUAUAUGCCCAAACUAUAACUAUAUAUAAAACAUCAAAUCACCCAGAAAAACAGUUACAUUCCUCCACAAAUGAGUCCCCAAUCAAUACUCUAAAUUGCCCAAACGAAACCAGAACAUCAAGAUGAAAUGUAUUUAGAAUUUUGUUCCAGGAAUACGGUGCAUUAAAACUAAAAGCAGAUCUACCUAGCUCGGUGGAGACCCAAGGAACCUCGAGUUAUCCAAUCCUGUGAACUGGUUACGCAACUCUGGUGUCUAUACUUCAACAGCAAAGUUAGAUAAGACAGCAUUUAUGAAGUAGGGCCUAGUAAACAAAAAGGGAGUAAUGUAGAGAUCUAUGGGUCUUUAGCGAAGUCCAGCCAACCUUUUGAUACAGGAUGCAGUGAUGAGGAUCAGAACUGUCACCGGUCAACAAAACCAAGGGCACUAUGGUAGAUGGCAUCCAAAGGUUUAAGCAGCUGCCCUUUUAAUAAAUAAUAUCACCAUAAUCAAGAACAGAUUAAAAGGUUGACUGAAUAAUCUGCUUCCUACCACUUAGAGAAAGGCACAAUCUGUUUCUGUAGAAAAAUAACUACUUUAAAUCUUAGCUUCUUAACCAGGUCAUCUGUUUUAUAAAUGUCAAAUGUCACGUUCUUUCAAAAUCGAACCCAGAAGCAGACCAGGACAAGGAGAGUAGGAAGAAGGUGAGUAUUUAUUUACAAGUGAAUAUGAAGGGGUAGAAAUAUCCAGGUAGCGUAACGGGCAGCGGUGGUGAGUUGAUGGGAGUGAAUAGGUGGGUCCAAGGGAGUAGCGGAAGCCUCCGACGACCAGGCAGGAAUGGGGUAAGUGAUCCGGGUGAAUAACUGAAGACAGAACAAACGGGGGUAAGUUUCAGGCAAGCAAGACGUACAAAAACAACAAAACAAUUUCUAUCAAGCUGGAGGCUGAUACGCUGGCACAACCUACUGAUUAAGGCUAACGAUCCGGCAGGGAAUGGAUGUCAGGUCCGGGCUUAUGAAGAGGAGAGAUGAUGAUCAGGACCAGGUGCACAGAUAGCUGAUGGGAUACAGGUGCGGUUAAUCUGAGAUCUCCCAACUAGCUAAAACGCCCGGCAACCAGACAGGGUGCGUUCCAGGACACUGGAAAAACACUCCAGAACAGAACACAGGCAACAACCAGACUCAGGAAACGGCAAAAAGGCUCAAAGAUAAAUCAGGUUCAGGGAUAGGAAAUACAAUCAAGGUCAAUAAAAUAAAGAUAAUGUAAAAAAGCCUGUUCACUGAAGUUUUUAAAGUUCCUCUUUGAUGUGACAAGGCUUAGUUUUUUUGUAUUCUCACAUCUCUGACACAAACAACUGGGCAAUAAUCACUAAUGUCUUGGUUGAAGACACCAGUAGAAACAUAAUUCUCUGGUGUAUUCUUUAGGAUAAGAUCAAUCAGAGUUGACUUUGAAGGAUCUUUAGGGUUGGGCAGUGUAGGCUUAGUCACCAGCUGGGUUAGGUUUAGAUAAUUACACAUCGUUUAGAUUGGGAUUUUCAGGCUUCAGACAGACAAUCAUAAUUUAGGUCACCCAGGGUAAUAACUUCUGAUUUAAUAAACUAGUUAACUCCUCGAGUGCAUAAAGGUUAGCGGAGGGAGGAUGUUAGACCUCUAUAACAGUUUGAUUUUUCCCCAGACAAAGGCUUAAAUAUAGCAGCAAAACUAUUUGGGGAAGGGAAAUGGUUUUCAGUAUAGAGACAGCGAAAUGUUUGACAGCUCUGAACACAUUAUAACACUCAAUAUAAAAUAUCAGAGUUCAGAAUGUCCCCAGAGAUCCAAGUUUCAGUCAAUAGCAGAAUGUCCGGAUUCAUCUGCAUAGCCCAGAUUUUGAUGUAAUCCAGUUUAGGAAGUAAGCUCCUAAUGUUCAUAUGCAUCAGCCCAACUCAAACAAGCUAUAUUUAAUAGGAAGUAACAAGGUAUGAGUGACUGUCUGAUGUGCUUAUCUAAAUCUUUUCAGAAUACAUACAUUCACCUCUAUGCCAAAUGUGUUGCUUUUAUCACAUUAAUGAACAAUCGUUAUGGAUAUUUUAGCUUAGCCGUUCCACUACUAAUAAAUCCAUAGAUGGCAGGCCGUUGUGUGUAGGGUGCCGUCUCUGUGGUCACUAAAGAUCCCAUGGCACUUAUCGUAAGAGUAGGGGUGUUAACCCCGGUGUCCUGGCUAAAUUCCCAAUCUGACCUAAUCACCUAAUCAUCCCCAGCUUCCAAUCGGCUCAUUCAUCUGCCCUCCUCUCCUCUGUAACUAUUCCACAGGUUGUUGCUUUAAAUUAGAACGUGUUCUCAAUCAACUUACCUGGUAAAAUAAAACAUGUAAAUACAUGUGGUGUGUCUGUGUUGGCAGGUGGGCUACUUGUUUGACCACCCCUAGACAGUCUUCUUCAGUGUGUUCAUGUCGUUCUGGGCAGUCACCUUCCUGGAGUACUGAAAACGCAAGAUGGCCACCCUGGUUCACCACUGGGACUGCAUGGACUUCCAAGAGGAGGGGGUCUGGAUUAGAGCCAAUUCAUUAAAUGACUUUCAUUCAUUUCAGUUUCUAUACUUUUGUAAUUCUGUGAUGUGUUACCAUACAUAGUGUAAAAACAGAGCUCAGCGGUUAGCAGUCAUCAGCUAACCUUAGGAUGGUCAACUCCUGCUAGUCUGCACAGCACGUUUCAACCCAGAGCUUACCGGACUGCUCUUUCUCCAUCUCCGGUUUCCUACCGCAAGCUCUGAACCUUUUCACCUGGAUCAUCGCAGCUACCUAGCUGCUAUCCGUGUGGCUACCCACCUGGCUAACGUCUCUGUCCCGAAGCAAGCACCAGUGAGCCUGGAACUAGCCUCGUGCUAGGCCCAGCCCCCGGCUAGCUUAAGAGGUCCAUCAGCCACUCCUUGGGCUACAAUACAUAUUUUGCCAAUUGGCCCGAACCCCUUUUACUGCCGACAUGGAGCCCUGCCGAUUCCACCACGACUGGUCUGCCGACGUAAUCCGCCCGAGGGGUGUCAACAGGCUCCUCCGUCGCGACAUUCCCUGAAGGCCCAUCCGCUAGCCGCGGCCCGCUAGCUGUCUAGAGCAUAUCAGACUGCUAGCUGAAGAGGACCAUCAGCCAAUUUCUUGGGCUACAAUACCUAUUUUGCCAAUUGGCCUGGACCCUUUUACUGCCUGGUUCCCCUCUCUGAUUCUCUGCCUCUAACCCUAUUACAGGGGCUGAGUCACUGGCUUACUGGUGCUCUUCCAUGCCGUCCCUAGGAGGGGUGCGUCACUUGAGUGGGUUGAGUCACUGACGUGAUCUUCCUGUCUGGGUUGGCGCCCCACCCUUGGGUUGUGCCGUGGCGGAGAUCUUUGUGGGCUAUACUCGGCCUUGUCUCAGGAUGGUAAGUUGGUGGUUGAAGCUAUCCCUCUAGUGGCGUGGGGAUGUGCUUUGGCAAAGUGGGCGGGGUUAUAUCCUGCCUGUUUGGCUCUGUCCGGGUGUAUCAUCGGAUGGGGCCACAGUGUCUCCCGACCCCUCCUGUCUCAUCCUCCAGUAUUUAUGCUGCAGUAGUUUAUGUGUCGGGGGGCUAGGGUCAGUCUGUUGUAUCUGGAGUACUUCUCCUGUCUUAUCCGGUGUCCUGUGUGCUCUCUCUAAUUCUUUCUUUCUCUCUCUCGGAGGACCUGAGCCCUAGGACCAUGCCUCAGGACUACCCGGCAUGAUGACUCCUUGCUGUCCCCAGUCCACCUGGCCGUGAUGCUGUUCCAGUUUCAACUGUUCUGCCUGCGGCUAUGGAACCCUGACCUGUUCACUGGACGUGCUACCUGUCCCAGACCUGCUGUUUUCAACUCUCUAGAGACAGCAGGAGCAGUAGAGAUACUAUGAAUGAUCGGCUAUGAAAAGCCAACUGACAUUUACUCCUGAUGUGCUGACAUUUACUCCUGAGGUACUGUGAUUAUUAUUAUUUGACCAUGCCGGUCAUUUAUGAACAUUUGAACAUCUUGGCCAUGUUCUGUUAUAAUCUCCACCCGGCACAGCCAGAAGAGGACUGGCCACCCCUCAUAGCCUGGUUCCUCUCUAGGUUUCUUCCUAGGUUUUGGCCUUUCUAGGGAGUUUUUCCUAGCCACCGUGCUUCUACACCUGUAUUGCUUGCUGUUUGGGCUUUUAGGCUGGGUUUCUGUACAGCACUUUGAGAUAUCAGCUGAUGUAAGAAGGGCUAUAUAAAUAAAUUUGAUUUGAUACACAGAGCCCUGCCAAUCCAACACGACUGGUCUGCCGACGUAACCGUCCGAGGGAGCUACAGCAGACUUUCUUCCGUCGCGACGUCCCCCCUAAGGCCCUUCUGCUAUCCCCGGCCCGCUAGCUGUCUGAAUCGCCGUGUCUCAUGCCUCCAACUGGUGAUUGGAGGCUAUGAUCAGUCGGCUACGCACGCCUCUCCCCAAUGUCAAUAUGUCUUGUCCAUUGCUGUUUUGGUUAGUGAUUAUUGUCUUAUUUCACUGUAGAGACUCCAGCCCUGCCUAAUAUGCCUUAGCUAGCCCUUUUGUUUCACCUCCCACACAUGCGGUGACCUCACCUGUUCUAAAUUAUGUCUCUAGAGACACAACCACUCUCAUCGUCACGCAAUGCCUAGGUUUACCUCCACUGUAUUCACAUCCUACCAUACCCUUGUCUGUACAUUAUGCCUUGAAUCUAUUCUUCCACGCCCAGAAACCUGUUCCCUUUACUCUCUGUUCUGAACGCACUAGACGACCAGUCCUUAUAGCUUUUAGCCGUACCCUUAUCCUACUCCUCCUCUGUUCCUCUGGUGAUGUAGAGGUUAAUCCAGGCCCUGCAGUGCCUAGCUCCACUCACAUUCCCCAGGCGCUCUCAUUUGUUGAUUUCUGUAACCAUAAAAGCCUUGGUUUCAUGCAUGUUAACAUUAGAAGCCUCCUCCCUAAGUUUGUUUUACUCACUGCUUUAGCACACUCUGCCAACCCGGAUGUCCUAGCCGUGUCUGAAUCCUGGCUUAGAAAGGCCACCAAAAAUGCUGAAAUUUCCAUCCCUAACUAUAACACUUUCCGACAAGAUAGAACUGCCAAAGGGGGUGGAGUUGCAAUCUACUGCAAUGACAGCCUGCAGAGUUCUGUCAUACUAUUCAGGUCUGUGCCCAAACAAUUCGAGCUUCUACUUCUAAAAAUCCACCUUUGCAGAAACACGUCUCUCACUGUUGCCGCUUGUUAUAGACCACCUUCUGUCCCCAGCUGUGCCCUGGACACCAUAUGUGAAUUGAUUGCCCCCCCAUCUAUCUUCAAAGCUCGUACUGUUAGGUGACCUAAACUGGGACAUGCUUAACACCCCGGCUGUCCUACAGUCUAAGCUAGAUGCCCUCAAUCUCACACAAAUUAUCAAUGAACCUACCAGGUACAACCCCAAAUCUGUAAACACGGGCACAUAGAUAUCAUCCUGACCAACCUGCCCUCUAAAUACACCUCUGCUGUCUUCAACCAGGAUCUCAGCGAUCACUGCCUCAUUGCCUGUGUCCGUAAUGGGUCUGCAGUCAAGCGACCACCCCUCAUCACUGUCAAACGCUCCCUAAAACACUUCAGCGAGAAGGAUGCCUGGUAAUUCUUUAAAAGUGCUUUCCUCACCAUCUUAAAUAAGCAUGCCCCAUUAAAAAACAUUAUACCAGGAACAGAUAUAGCCCUUGGUUCACUCCAGACCUGACUGCCCUUGACCAGCACAAAAACAUCCUGUGGCGUACUGCAUUAGCAUCGAAUAGCCCCCGUGAUAUUCAGCUUUUCAGGGAAUAUACAAUAUACACAGGCAGUUAGGAACGCAAAGGCUAGCUUUUUCAAACAGAAAUUUGUAUCCUGUAGCACAAACUCCAAACAGUUCUGGGACACUGAAGUCCAUGGAGAAUAAGAGCACCUCCUCCCAGCUGCCCACUGCACUGAGGCUAGGAAACACUGUCACCACCGAUAAAUCCACGAUAAUUGAGAAUUUCAAUAAGCAUUUUUCUACGGCUGGCCAUGCUUUCCACCUGGCUACCCCUACCCCAGUCAACAGCCCUGCCCCCCCACAGCAACUUGCCCAAACCUCCCCCAUUUCUCCUUCACCCAAAUCCAGAUAGCUGAUGUUCUGAAAGAGUUGCAAAAUCUGGACCCAUACAAAUCAGCUGGGCUAGACAACCUGGACCCUCUCUUUCUGAAAUGAUCUGCCGUAAUUGUUGCAACCCCAUUACUAGCCUGUUCAACCUCUCUUUCGUAUCGUCUAAGAUCCCCAAAGAUUGGAACGCUGCCGCGUCUUCAAAGGGGGAGACACUCUAGACCCAAACUGUUACAGACCUAUAUCUAUUCUACCCUGCCUUUCUAAGGUCUUCGAAAGCCAAGUUAACAAACAGAUCACCGACCAUUUCGAAUCCCACCGUACCUUCUCCGCUAUGCAAUCUGGUUUCCGAGCUGGUCAUGGGUGCACCUCAGCCACGCUCAAGGUCCUAAACGAUAUCAUAACAGCCAUUGAUAAAAUAAUACUGUGCAGCCGUAUUCAUUGACCUGGCCAAGGCUUUCUCAUCAGACUUGGUUUCUCAAACUACUGCCUCGCCUGGUUCACCAACUACUUCUCAGAUAGAGUUCAGUGUGUCAAAUCGGCCUGUUGUCCGGACCUCUGGCAGUCUAAGGGGGUGCCACAGGGUUCAAUUCUCUGGCCGACUCUUUUCUCUGUAUACAUCAAUGAUGUCGCUCUUGCUGCUGGUGAUUCUCUGAUCCACCUCUACGCAGACGACACCAUUCUGUAUACUUCUGGCCCUUCUUUGGACACGGUGUUAACUAACCUACAGACGAGCUUCAAUACCAUACAACUCUCCUUCCAUGGCCUCCAACUGCUCUUAAAUGCAAGUAAAACUAAAUGCAUGCUCUUCAACCGAUCGCUGCCCGCCCGUCCAGCAUCACUACUCUGGACGGUUCUGACUUAGAACAUGUGGACAAUUACAAAUACCUAGGUGUCUGGUUAGACUGUAAACUCUCCUUCCAGACUCACAUUAAGCAUCUCCAAUCCAAAGUUAAAUCUAGAAUUGGCUUCCUAUUUUGCAACAAAGCAUCCGUCACUCAUGCUGCCAAACAUACGCUCGUAAAACUGACCAUCCAACCGAUCCUCGACUUCGGCGAUGUCAUUUACAAAAUAGCCUCCAAUACCCUACUCAAUAAAUUGGAUGCAGUCUAUCACAGUGCCAUCCGUUUUGUCACCAAAGCCCCAUAUACUACCCACCACUGCGACCUGUACGCUCUCGUUGGCUGGCACUCGCUUCAUACUCGUCGCCAAACCCACUGGCUCCAGGUCAUCUACAAGACCCUGCUAGGUAAAGUCCCCCCUUAUCUCAGCUCGCUGGUCACCAUAGCAGCACCCACCUGUAGCACGCGCUCCAGCAGGUAUAUCUCUCUGGUCAUCCCCAAAACCAACUCCUCCUUUGGCCGCCUCUCCUUCCAGUUCUCUGCUGCCAAUAUCUGGAACGAACUACAAACAUCUCUGAAACUGGAAACACUUAUCUCCCUCACUAGCUUUAAGCACCAGCUGUCAGAGCAGCUCACAGAUUACUGCACCUGUACAUAGCCCAUCUAUAAUUUAGCCCAAACAACUACCUCUUCCCCUACUGUAUUUAUUUAUUUAUUUAGCUCCUUUGCACCCCAUUAUUUAUAUUUCUACUUUGCACAUUCUUCCACUGCAAAUCUACCAUUCCAUUGUUUUACUUGCUAUAUUGUAUUUACUUCGUCACCAUGGCCUUUUUUUGCCUUUACCUCCCUUAUCUUAUCUACUCAUCUACUCCCUUAUCGUAUUUUCGAAUUGUUAUCACAGAAUGUUAAUUCUGAGUUUGUCCUGAUGGGUGAUCUGAAUCAGGACUGGUUAACAUCUAGCUCUGAUCAACUCAAUAUUCUAUGCAAUACCUAUAAUCUCACUCAGAUUGUCAACAGUGUAACGAGGUUGAGUAUAAAAUAUCCUCUGAAAUCCUCUUUGAUUGGUUUGAUCUUAACCAAUACUCCUCAUCGUUUUAAUGCUUCUGGUAUUUUUGCAAAUUACAUAAGUAAUCACUCUGCUAUUGCAUGUGUGAGAGAUCGUAAAAUUCCUAAAAUCUCCACCUGUUAUUACGAAAAGAAACUGGAAGCAGUUUGAUAUUCAAGGUUUUUUACAUGCUGUAUCUAGCAUGGAAUGGAAUUGAUCCCUGGUGUUGAACUAGCCUUUUCUUACUUCCACAACACAUUCCAGGAUGUAUGCAAUAGGCCCCUUUUAAAACAAAUCAGGAUUAAGGGCAGAGAGAACCCUUGGUUUACUAAGGAACUUACAAAAAUCAUAAGGGAACGAAAUGCUAUGUGGGCUAAAGCAAGAGGGACUGGUUUGGCAGAUGAUUGGAUGGCUUUUAAACGUCUUUCGAAAUAUGGGUGUGGCUAUGAUCCGUAAAUUGAAAACAGACCACUAUCUGAAAUCUACUUCACAUAGUUUAAAUAAUCCAUCCAAAUUUUGUCAAGUAGUGAAGGGUUUGGAGUGCAAAAAGAUACACAGCUUCCCAAACAGUUGUUGGUAGACACACAGAUUGUAACUGAGAGAACCUCCAUUCUGAAAGCCCUGAAUCAGCCUUUUUUAGAUGCCGGCACUUUAUUUGAAAAGGCCAAAGGUAUAAUUGAGCCCCCUAUGAAUUUACCUGACACCCCUGUGCACUCCUUCACCAGGUUCUCAUUUUCAUCCUUUUCUGUUUCAGAAGUGUGUAAAGCCCUGAAAGAAAUUGAUGGGAAAAAUCUGUUUCCUACACCUAGCUGCAGACAUCAUUGCUCCCCCUUAACAUGUAUUUUUAACCUCACACUUGAUGUUAAGGAAAUCCCCAAGUUAUGGAAAUCUGCUUUUGUACUGCCUCUCCUGAAAGGUGGAGAUCCUUCGCUACUUGACAACUAUCGACCCAUAUCAAAAUUAUCUGUACUGUCAAAGGUACUGGAGUCCUUUAGUUAGUAGGCAGCUAAAGGCCUACUUCCAAGACAACAACAUCAUAAAUGGAAUGCAAUCAGGUUUUAGGUCUGGCCACAACACUGUUUCAGCAACAUUGAAGGUUUUAAAUGACAUGCACUGUGCUCUUGAUAAGAAGUUACAUUGUGUGUGUGUCUUUAUUGAUUUGUCGAAGGCUUUUGACACCGUGGACCAUGCUGUGUUAGUGCAAAGGUUAAAAUGUUGUGGAAUUACUGAUCAUGCUCUAGAUUGGUUUAUAAAUUAUCUAUCAAAUUGUACACAAUGUGUAAUGGCGGAUGGUUGUAAAUCUAAGUCCAUAGAGGUGUGCUCAGGUGUUCCGCAAGGUUCUAUUUUGGGCCCACUGCUGUUCAUUUUGUAUAUCAACAACAUUGGGGAUCUUAUUGAAACAGCGAAUGUACAUUUUUAUGCAGAUGAUACUGUUCUUUAUUCAAGUGGUAGUAGUUUAUCUUUAUCUUUUGAAAAUGCCCAAAGAUCAUUUAACAUCAUACAACAGAAUCUAUAUGAUUUAAAGCUGGUUCUAAAUUCAGGUAAAACAAAAUGCAUGGUAUUUUCAAAUGCCAAGCAUGUUACUAAUCAUGUCAUUGCUACAUUGGCUGGACAUACUAUAGAGCAAGUUAAAGUGUACAAAUAUUUAGGUGUGUGGGUUGAUGAUAAGCUAAGCUGAGCUUCACUGUGCAUGUAGAGAACGGAAGCUCAAGCUGAAAAUAGGUUUUUAUUACCGGCAUAAGGCUUGUUUUUCUUUUGAGGCCAGGAGGGAACUGGUAUGAUGUACAUUACUGGCGGUUUUAGAUUUUAGUGAUGUUAUAUAUAUAUAUAUAUAUGCCUCAGCCACUACCCUGAGAUCACUUGAUUCAGUGUAUCAUGCAGCCCUCAGGUUCAUUACAAAUCAAAAACGUUUAACACAUCAUUGUGAUCUCUACAGCGCUGUUGGCUGGUCGUCAUUGACCUUGCGUAGGCUUAAACACUGGUAUACACUGAUUUAUAAGGCCAUAUUGGGUAAAAUGCCAUUUUAUCUCUGUUCUUUUUUAGUCAGGUCGGUAAAUAAAUAUCGAUUACUGUCCCAUUCUGAUUUGCUUCUAACAGUACCAAAAAUUAGUACAGGUCAUGGUAGAAAUAGUUUUAGUUACUUAGCUCCGUGGUCCUGGAAUUCUCUCCUGAACAUUUAAAAAUGUGAUGAUCUAGUAUCAUUGGUGGAGUUUAAACACUUGAUCGAUGUAUAUAUCAUAGAAGAGUGUAAUUGUUUUUAGGCCAGCUGUUUUUAGUAAAGACUUGUGUUUUUAACGUAAAAUGUUUUUGUUGUACUGUAUGUGUGUUUAUAGUUUUGUUUGCUGUUGUUUUAGUGUAUGUAAGUUGUUUUGUCUGAAACGUUGUUCCCCUGCUGCUAUUGGACCAGGUCUCUCUUGGAAGUCGCGUAGUGAUGACCUCAUCACCAGUGUUCUGUAUUUCUUUCAAUUCCAAAAUUGGUCUGGAAAUAUUUGGUCUGAAAACAUCUUGAUAAAGUUACAUUUUGUAAUGUCCUUUUAAGCAGUAUAUUGAAAGGAUUAUAAUAUUAUUAUGUCGUGUUUUUAUCAUUUCUGUUCAUUUUAAUUUACUGUACCAUCUAAAAUGAUUUUGUAUGUCAAUCUACCCCUUUCAGGCUUUCUUGAUUGCCUUCACACCAGGUUUCUUACCACGACUGCUUUACCAGUACAAGUUUGACAACAAUCUGAACGGAUAUGUUCAUUUCACUCUGGCCUAUGCUCCGCCCAGCUACACCAGCCAUCCCAUGUGCAGAUAUAAAGCCUUAAGGGACAGCAAUGGAAAUUACACUCUGGUUUACUGGGAACUCCUGGCUGUAAGGUUAGGCUUCAUCAUCGCUUUCAAGCUUGUAGUGUUUUUCUUCCUGCAAGCGAUAGACUGGAUGGUGCCGGAUGUCCCUGAGUCUCUGGAGCUGAAGAUGAAGAGAGAGCGCUACUUGGCUAAGCAGGCCCUGGCUGACAGUCAGGAGGCCCUGUUGGUGAGUCAACGUGCCCCGGCCUCCAGCCCAGUCAUGCUUCCCGGGUAUGGAUUCUCCCCUCUCCCUGACUUCCAGCCUCACCUCCAUGCCUUCCGUUGCCGAGGAGAGUGUCCCAGCAUGUGGUUCCCGGUCUCAGGCGAGUCCCAGGCUUUGAGCGAGGCCCGGGACGACAGGCCUCUCCUGCGGCAGUGCCAGCACAACCACAUCGCCGUGUGUCAGCAGGAGCUGCAGCCGCCUGUGACCCCCAGCGACAACGGCCAUGGAUCACCUAUUGCAGACGCUCAGCACUUCACCCCUUUGCCUCUGAAUCAUCGCAAACACACAAGGACUGAAGCAGAAAAUGGCGGCUGGAGGAGUAACCCUGAUCAAGACACUGAUACUGAUAUGGACCUGAGUUCAGACUCUCAGAUGCUAGGGGGCGACGUUGAGCUUUUUAUCCGGGAAGAUAGGAGGACUGACACUCCAGGGCAAGAGAAGUGUGAGAGACCCAUGGUAGUGUCGACGGUGUUUCGUCCCCUCCACACAGCCCUCAGCCUGCCCCUGUUCCUCCCUCUGUCCUCCCUGUACAGGGACACAGACUACUGUAACUCUCAGCCACCUAGCUCUCCAUCCUCACAUGAGCCUCUGGAGCUGCAGACCCCAGACACCUGUCGACCCCAGAGGAGGACGUCACAGGGCUCACUCAAGGAAAAGUCAAUCCGGCGUAAGAUGCGAGUGUACUCACCAGACAGCCUGAGUGAUGAUUCUCUGGUCAGCCCCAUUCUGGAUGGCGACUACCUCUUCCCCGGACCCUUCGAUUCCUUCCUGGAGGAGGACAUCGGGGGAGACCCUGUAGAUGCCACGAGUCCCUCAUCAACAGGGGGGACACCCAACCCCCGAAAGACUCCACCUUUUUCCGCAGAGCCGCUGCAGUUGUCAGAGCACUCAUCUGUCUUGAACUGUGGGGCUGUAGAGAAUUCCUCGGCCACCGGAGGAAGCUCUUUAGCCCGCUCCAGUAUGGCGGAACACGAGCGGCGUCGCUUCUCAGCCUCUGAACUGAUCUCACGGCUACAGCUUUCCCAGAGGAAGAACUCGUUCACACUAAAGCUUGGCAAGUCGCUGUCAGCUCGCGUGGCCUCCCGCGACAGGCAGAACUCCAGCAACUUCAGCUCUGACUAUAAGUCCACUUCCAGGCAUCGUGGCUCAGGUGGUGCCAGUGACAGCGCCCCCCAUAGUCCAGUAGGACCUGCACCGCAACUGCCAUCUGCUGACAAUAAUACGCAACAACAACGACGUAGCACCGGAUUCACAAUCAAAAAUUUGAGAAAGAAAUCCAUUGAGGAUGAUUGGUGUACUCCUCCCACAGUCAGCAGAUCCAAUCGUCUGUCACGGUUUCUCCCCAGCUCAAUUCUGUACCAGGAGUACAGUGAUGUUGCAAUCAACCGAGAAAUCCUGAGGCAGCAGGGGGAGGAGCCAGGUGCUGAGGAGGAGGGGCUAAGGGAGGAAGGGGCUGGGGAGACUCCAUCUCCAUCUAAUCUGUCUCCAUCCAGCUCCUUUUGCUCCUCGUCACGAGGCUCCGCCUUCUCGCUGUGGCAAGACAUCCCUGAUGUCCGGACCAGUGGUCAGCUGGACAACUUCAGCAACGUGGAGCGCAAACUACAGGAGGCCAAGUUUGAGCUGGUGACAUCAGAGGCGUCGUACAUACGGAGCCUGACCAUCGCAGUGGACCAUUUUAUGCUGUCCCAGGAGCUGGGGGAGUGUCUGGGGACCCAGGACAGACAGUGGCUCUUCUCCAAGCUCCCCGAAGUCAAGGACGUCAGUGAAAGGUUCCUGCAGGACCUGGAGCACAGGCUGGAGGAAGACAUCUUGCGUUUUGACGUGUCUGACAUCGUCCUGGCCCACUGUCCCGCCCUGCGCAGGGUCUACCUCCCCUACGUGACCAACCAGGCCUACCAGGAACAGACCUACCAGCGCAUGUUACAGGAGAAUGCUCGCUUCCCAGGUAUCCUGGCUCGUUUGGAAGAAGACCCCAUCUGCCAGCGUCUUCCCCUCGCCUCCUUCCUCAUACUCCCCUUCCAGAGGAUCACACGGCUCAAGAUGCUGGUGGAGAAUAUCCUAAAGAGGACAACACCAUGCUCUAGGGAUGAGGACACAGCCACCAAGGCCUUCAAUGAGCUGAAAAAGAUUAUAAAGGAAUGUAACUCCAGUGUGCAGUCAAUGAAGAGGAUGGAAGAGCUCAUUCACCUCAAUAAGAAGAUCCACUUUGAGGGCAAGAUAUUCCCUCUGAUCUCCCAGUCUCGCUGGCUGGUCAAGCAUGGAGAACUGCUAGAAGUGGACACACAGACCAUGAGUAUUUCUGGGUCAAAGUUCAAGUUGCCCACAAGGCCUGUGUACCUGCAUCUGUUCAAUGACUGUCUUCUGCUGUCCAGGAGGAAGGACACGUGGAAGUUCAUGGUGUUUGUUCACGCUAAGAUCGGGCAGCUGAAGGUGAAGGACCUCAGUCAGAAGCUUCAGGGCAUCUCAGGUUUCAUCUUCCACCUGCAGCUGUGUGAAGGCUGGCAACUCAAACACCAGAUCCUACUCAAGGCCCAUACUGAGAGUGGGAAACAAAGAUGGAUCACAGCCAUGUUCCCCUCUGAUCCUUUGGAAGAUAUUGAGCAGGCCACUGAGAAUGAUGAUCUUUCCCAAGUUCAAUGCAUCAAGAGUUACCAGGCCCAAGAGCAUGACGAGCUUACAUUGGAGAAGGCUGAUAUUCUUCAAGCCAAGACCAUUACAAGUGACGGCUGGGUGGAGGGCAUUCGGCUGUCAGACGGGGAGCGGGGCUGGUUCCCCAAAACCAACGUGGAGGAGAUCACAAGUCGCAGUGCGCGUCUCCGCAACCUCAGAGAAAACAUCCGCAUUAAGUGUGUCACACAGAAACUGGAAGAGGAGCUCUUUUAAGUGUCCUUUCCAUCCUGCAGCUUUUCAUUUACUUGGAAUGUCCAAUCAAACAGGGCAGCAACUCUCAACCCGUAUCCAUUAGACCCAGCUUUUUGUGUGUGUGUGUGUGUGUGUGUGUGUGUGUGUGUGUGUGUGUGUGUGUGUGUGUGUGUGUGUGUGUGUGUGUGUAAGUAAAGAAAUAACACAACAGUAAAAAUAUAUUUGAAAAUAAGAGUAGCAAGGCUAUAUACAGACACCGGUUAGUCAGGCUUAUUGAGGUAGUAUGUACAUGUAGGUAUCGUUAAAGUGACUAUGCAUAUAUGAUGAACAGAGAGUAGCAGUAGCGUAAAGGAGGGGUUGGUAACACCCGUUAUACAACAUCAGUUUCAGAUGAUCUGGAUGUGGGAGUUUUAUUUAGUCUGCAGGUGCUCAGAAGGACAGUAUUUUUGGCAUAGCUCGAGCAUAAGCAAUAUUCUUAAAAAAUAUGGUUAUCCAGCUGCAUAGCAGUAAUUUUCUUUCACUCAUGCUUGCUAUGACUGCAUAUACAGUACAACUACUGUAACACAACUACGGGAAUACUGUAUCAGAAACCAAGCAUUUUUCUUUGCCCCCAAGCACUGUAAUCGGAAUAAACAUAAUUCCAGACAUCACUUUCAACAAAACAUUAAGAACUACAGUGUUUGUACAUCUUCCCUGUCUUUUGACUUUCACUGUUAGUUACACCCUAUUGACAAUAAGAGUUGUUUACGCGUAGACAAAAAUUAAGAUAGUAGCACAUUAUAUUAUUGACUAACCACUACUACCAUCUACAUGCUGAUGUUCACCAUUCCAGUGACACAUUAAAUAUUUUUUAAAUAUAGUUUAAAAAAAAGUUGUUAGUACUAAUUUAAAUGUUUGCUGUUGUGUAUUUCUUUAUCCUCCUAUAGCUGGUUAUUCUCUAUGGAGAUAAUGAUGUACAUUUACAUAGUGUAGAUGUACUUGUUUAAAUGAGUAAUGGCUAAUUUACUAUUAUGACUGUAAUUUAUGAAAAAUAUGCCAUACCAUUUUAACAAAUCUUAGAACUUAUAGUAGAGAAAUAUAAAUAACAAAAGACUAAUAAUACAUGCGCUACUUGAGAUUUCUGGUUGUGAACACAAUACUUUAAAUGUUUUACCCCUGAAAUAAAGGCACAUACUUUUCAGUGUUU